AUGCAUCUGCGCUUCUCCGUCCACUACGCCGACUCGCCAGCAACAGCAGCUCCGGCCAAAUCAGGCCCAACCAAGCCUCUCAUUUAUCUCCGUAAACAAAGCACUUGGAGCACCCCAAAGCCCAUUCCAUCGUGUCAGCGUCAAUGUCCGAACCGUGUCAACGGCGCAUGCAUGGAUAUUAACGAGGUUAGGUUCGUGCAAAUUGCUCCCAGCAUUCUAGACCUCGGGGCAAGACAGUCCACUGCCUACGAAGCCACCAACUAUCGUGUCCGCUGGCUCCAUGUCCGCUGGCUCCUGUCGACCCCUGUCUAG